AGCCGGGCUGUGAUAACAGACCAUGGUCCAGGCAGGGGCUCCAGGUCCAGUGAGGGUGGGAGGAGAAGGCGUCACUUCCGGGGGCCCUCCGCAGUGUCUGGUGGCUCCCUGCUCUCUGAUUGGGCAGAAGUGGCCCAGGCAGGCGUGUGACCCCACUGCUGGGAAGGGGCUAUGCCCCAACGCCACAAGCUUUCCUACCCAUCUGCUCCCCAGGGUGCCUUCUGCUCUGCACCUGGGUCCUGGAGCCCUUCUCCACCCGGUGAAUUCCAGACCCCCCUCCUCAGCCCACCUGUGCCGUGCCCCACCCCACUCUGUGUGCCCCGCCCCACUCUGCCCAGAAGUGCAAGAGCCCAAGCCGCCUCCAUGGCCCCAGGAAGGAUUCAGGGGAGAGGCCCCAUCCAGGGAGCCACUCCAACCAGACAGCCUGGCCAGAAUGGAGCUGACUGAACUGCUCCUCGUGGUCAUGCUUCUCCUAACCACACGGCUGACUUGGUCUAGCCCGGCUCCUCCUGCCUGUGACCCCCGACUGCUAAAUAAACUGCUACGUGACUCUCAUGUCCUUCACGGCAGACUGAGCCAGUGCCCAGACAUUAACCCUUUGUCCACGCCUGUCCUGCUGCCUGCUGUGGACUUUAGCUUGAGAGAAUGGAAAACUCAGACGGAGCAGACCAAGGCACAGGACGUUCUGGGGGCGACGACCCUCCUGCUGGAGGGAGUGAUGGCAGCGCGGGGACAGCUGGGACCCACUUGCCUCUCAUUCUUACUGGGGCAGCUUUCUGGACAAGUUCGCCUCCUCCUUGGGGCCCUGCAGGGCCUCCUUGGAACCCAGCUUCCUCCACAGGGCAGAACCACAGCUCACAAAGAUCCCCAUGCCAUCUUCCUGAGCUUCCAACAGCUGCUCCGAGGAAAGGUGCGUUUCCUGCUGCACGUAGUAGGACCCACCCUCUGUGCCAAGCGGGCCCUACCCACCACAGCGCUCCCACACAGUACCUCUCUACUCCUCACACUGAACAAGCUUCCAAACAGGACUUCUGGAUUGCUGGAGACAAACUCCACUGUCCCGGCCAAAACUACUGGCUCUGGACUUCUGAAGAGGCUGCAGGGGUUCAGAGCCAAGAGGCCUGGUCUGCUAGACCAAAUCCCUGGACAACUGAACAGGACACACGGACCUUUGAAUGGAACUCAUGGACUCUUUCCUGGACCCUCACCCAGGGCCCUCGGAGCCCUGAAUAUUCCUCCAGGAACUUCGGACAUGGGUUCCCUGCCACCCAACCUCCAGCCUGGAUAUUCUUCUUCCCUAACCCUUCCUCCCAUUGGACAGCAUACACUCUUCUCCCCUUUACCCACCUCGCCCACCCCCAUGGUCCAGCUCCAACUCCCGCUUCCUGACCCCUCUGCUGCCAUGCCCAACCCUACCAGUCCUCUUCUACCUGCGGCCCACCCUCACUUCCAGAAUCUGUCUCAGGAAGAGUAAGGUACUCAGGCACUGCCAACGCCAGCAGUGUCUCCCGUGUGUAAUUCUCUUACCCAGAGGAGAGGCCUGGGAGACAACUGGAACUCCACCAGAUUCCCUGCUGUCACCUGGAACCCAAAGCCCUGGUAAAGGCAGAUACAUAGGACAGAAAGGGGGUUGUUUUUCACGUUUAAAAACACCAGAAGCUUUUUUUUUUAAUAUGUUUUUAUUGAUUUCAGAGAAAGAAAGGGGGAGGGAGAGAAACAUUGAUGUGAGAUACAUCCAUCGCUGCCUCCUGCAUGCCCCCUCCUGGGA